AUGGAUAGUAGUUUGUUGUCCGGCUAUCAACUGUUGUUACCGCUUAUCACUAGCGAUCACAACUAUCGGGCACUGGUAGCUGACCUAACCUGUCCUAUAUGUCUGGGAAUUGCCUACAAUAAGCCUAUGGUUACACCAUGUUGUAGACAAUUGUUUUGUUUGGAUUGUAUUAGUCGAUGGCUAUCAAAUCGUAUUAGUAGUAGUAAUAGAGCACCGGUAGCUACUAACGAUACUACUAACCAAUAUCGAAAUACCUGUCCAUUAGAUAGACAACCGCUAUGGGAGUAUCAACUGUUGGCCGCACCGAUGGCUAUAAUCAAUCUAUUGAAUGCUUUUAGCGAACAAAAUGAUUCACUUAUGGAGGGCAUCGGUAUUACACGUAUUUUAAGUGGACAGCGGUAUUGUCAUAUUAUUUGCUAUCUAUGCAACAAUGUCCUACAGGAACCGGUACUAAUGGUUUGUUGUGCUAUAAGAUUAUGCACUAACUGUGCCAGCGAUUCGUGCCCGGCCUGCGCUACCGAUAAGCCGACUACCCGUCCGCCAAAUGCUCGCCUAUUGGCCGAAUUGGCCCAAUUGAAUAUAAGGUGCAAAUAUUACGGUACCGCCAAUCGUUGCCUGGAAACGGGGCCGUUAGCCGACAUACUUGCCCACGAGUCUAGCUGUGACCGAAAACCGAUGAUAUUUUGCCAGUAUUGCGGCGGCAAUCAUACGGUGCCCGAUAUCAACAACAACAGUAGCGCCUCCGCUGCGUCUGCGGCUGCUGUCGCUGCCGGCACUUCCGGUCCAACCGAUUGGAUCGAUGAUACUAAUAAUGAGAURAUGAAAAUUUCCGGAAACAUKCRAUGUAUAAGAUAUGUUACCCAACGUAUCAAUCAAUUAACUGAACAAUUGAAACAAAUGCAAACCAAUUAUGACGAAGAUAUGGAAAAAAUCAAACGAAUGGUUUGAAUUUGAGAUUAUUUUAGUUUUAGAUUUUAGUUUUAUUUUUAAAAAUUAAUUUAUGAUUUUUUUCCCGUAAAUUUUCAAUCAAAUAA